UCCCGUCUUGGCAGUCGAGUCCGCGGAGCUCCUUCGCUGGUCGUCCCUUUCGCGAUGCUCCAGUCCCUUUUCAUCCUCCUGCUCUACGCAACACGCUCCCUCGCCCACUUUCAUCCUCACGUCCAUGCCAACCAACAAACCCACCCCUACACUCACGGCAAAACCAAAACCUUCCAGGUUCCUUUAGAUGGGUCCUCCAACGCCACCCUCCGUUGGGCCCUCAACUAUCCCCAGCAGAAGGUGUUUCUAGCAGUCAGAACGCCCCUCAGCGAGAAGGGAUGGUUCGGUAUCGGGUUUUCUGACUACGGCGAACUCACUGACGCGGAUCUGUGUUUCUUUUGGAUUGACUUCAAGGAGCGCGUCCAUUUUGAGGAUGUUCACACGGACGAAGAGGGCCGUAUCUUUGUCGAUGAACAAAAUGAUUGCCUUAACUUUGACUUCGCAAGAGAGGGUGAAGAUAUUUUAUUUUUCUACACCAGAAAAUUUGACACAUGUGAUUCUGGUGACUAUGUAAUUGAGGAAGGAACAACUCACAUUGUUUGGGUCAAGGGCUCGAGUCCAUUGUUCAAGCUCGAGGGUCUGAAUGUGGCGGAAGCCGAGAAAUCGGGGAUGCAGCGGACUCAGCUCUUGAAGAAUAUCAACGCGGACCCGGAUUUAGAUGCGGGAUCGUGGCCGGUGAAAAUCUUGAACUCUCAAGUAAAAGUCCCCGAUGUGGAGACAACUUACUGGUGCACACUUCACAAACUCCCCGAGGAGCUCCGGGAAAAACAUCACAUAAUUGCGUACGAAGCUGUCAUAGAACCAUCAAGCGAAGGAAUAGUUCACCACAUGGAGGUGUUCCACUGCGUCGCCGGUCCAGGAGAUGAGAUUCCAGAUUAUGCUGGUUCAUGCUCAGACUUCGAGAGACCUGAAAAAACCAAAGUCUGCAAAAAAGUCAUCGCGGCUUGGGCAAUGGGAGCCACACCGUUCUUUUACCCUAAGGAGGCAGGUUUGCCAAUCGGAGGACCAGAUUAUAAUUUAUACGUCAUGCUUGAGGUGCACUACCAUAAUCCUGAUAAAAGAGGAGAUGUCAUCGAUAGUUCCGGCAUCCAGUUGACACUGACAUCCAGACUACGACCAUAUGACGCAGGUGUGAUGGAACUGGGAUUAGAAUACACGAAUAAAAUGGCGAUACCUCCUCAGCAAUCCUACUUUCCUCUAACAGGGUUUUGCGUCCCGGAGUGCACUGCCGUGGGAAUUCCUCCUGAAGGGAUUAUUAUAUUUGGAUCGCAAUUGCACACCCAUCUAUGUGGGUACCGGAUUUACACCAGACAUAUCAGGGACGGACGGGAGUUGGUUGAGGUGAAUCGAGAUAACCACUAUAGCCCUCAUUUUCAGGAGAUCAGACUUCUCAAACAACCAGCCCACAUUCUUCCUGGCGACGCUUUGAUCACGGAAUGCAUUUAUCACACGAUGGACCGAAGGAACAUCACCGUCGGAGGGGAGUCGAUAACGGAUGAGAUGUGUGUCAACUAUGUCCACUAUUACCCUGCCGUCAAUCUUGAAGUGUGCAAAAGCUCAGUUACCCUCAAUAACUUGAAUACAUUUUUUAGAUCACUAAAAGAAUGGGAAAAUCAAGACACAAGCGAAGAGAAAGGCGUGGUCGAGAACUUUAAUUCAAUUGAGUGGACACCGAUGCGGGCCCGCCUUCUCGAUGAGCUUUUCAAACAGAGCACAAUGUCAUUCUCCUGCAAUCAGAGCAACGGAGCUCGCUUUCCCGGCGAUUGGGAAAAUCUUCCGACCGUCCCCGUCCCCUAUGCUUUACCCCCGAAACCCCGCAAAUGCCUCAUCUAAGAGGAUCCACACUGAUGUUCUUCAUUCGGACCUUGAUGUGACACUUACAACAGCAUCACGAUGACCAAAGUCGAAAAAAUGUAUCUCCGAUCGAAACAUUACCAUCUUCACUCAUGCCUCUUUUUUUACCAAAAGAAAAUGAGAAACUAACAGUUUGGCCUCGUAAAUUUUCCUCAGUUCGUAAAAAACAAAUUUCAUCGGAUAUUUUGUCAGAGGCGGAUCCAGCCAUUUGGCAACACUGGAUUUCCGCUUUUUAAAGCUAUGCUAAGUAAUCGAUUCUUCUCGGAGCACCUGGCCCCUGCAAAAAUCGAUACAUUUCCAUAGGUAGGUUCAAAUGGAUCCCCCAUGAUUUGUGGUUUGAAAGAGAGCAGUGGAGGUUAGGAGUCGGAGAGCGCGAGGGAGUGCUGUAAAGCGACUUAUAUGUAUGUAGGUUCAAAUGGAGACAAGACAAUGUUGCCAAUUUGCUGGAUCCGCCAAUGUGUUCAGGUUUUCCUGGGGGAGGGGGCAUUCGCUACACCGCAAAGCAACUUUUCAAAAAUAUAUUAUUUCCUCUACUGACGUACAUUUGUAGGGAUAUGGAGGAUUAUGCACACAUUAAACGGAAAUUUGUAAACCUUUGUACUUAUAACUUGAUGGAUCUUGAUAUUCUGUCCAUUUAUUUUAAUUUGAGUCGUUAUUCCUUCAAUAAAGAAAUCCAUGUAUUAUUUA